CUGAUAUUCCUUGCGUCUUGAACUCUUGAUUGUUAAAAAUGCAUAGAGUUGACAGGGUAGAUGAUGUCUCCACUACUCCUCCACUAAUUACUGCUACAGCUAUACCGUACCGCACUGCGAUACAGGGUAAGGCAUCGACUUUCGCUCCCCACCAGACAGCACUUCGUUCCCUUCAAGUCCUCGAGGAUAUAAGGUACCUGUAAAUGCAUGCCAUCGUCGAUUAGCAUCAUGAAUUGCCUCCAGUAUUUGAAUUGAUCACCAUGGCCCAAAAUAGCCCUGCAACGCAACCGCCAACCCACCUCAUCAUCCUCUGCUGCCACGCUAUCUUCAACCCCUCCCUCCCACACGCAGACCCGUAUAACGCCGACCACUGGCAUCUCGCCCCUUUCCAGAAACCCGCCGAACAUCUGACGUUCUGCCAGCACUUGCUUGUCUCUCUCUUCCAUCUUGACUUGCUCAACCGCGCUUCCCCAGGCAGUACUGCGCUCGUCAUCUCUGGCGGGCGGACGAGGCGGUCAGAAGGCCUGCGGGGAAGUGAGGCGAGGGGUUAUUGGGCGGUUGCGGAGAGGCUGGGGUGGUUGGAUGGGAGGGGGGAGCUGGUGGCUUCAACGGAGAGCGGGGAUGGUGGAGAUGUGAAGGUGGUGGGCGGUUUGGGGGAGAAACGAGGCGUUAAAGUCAUGCCAAUGCUAGAAGAACUGGCGACAGAUAGUUAUCAGAACCUGUUGUUUUCGAUCUUAAUAUUCAUGAGACAGUUUGGGAACCCACCUGAAGCCAUCACUGUAAUUACUCACGCGUUCAAGGAGCAGCGGUUCUUGAAAUACCACGGUCCAGCCAUCCAAUGGCCUCAGGGUCGACUCAACGUCAUCGGGGUAAAUCCGCCUCAAACUGCAAGCCAACAUGACUUUAACCAACGGGGAGAGCUUGAGAAUGGCUUAAGUCGAUGGGAGCAGGAUUUGUAUGGCUCGGGAGACGUGCUGGCGUCAAAGAGAGCGCAGCGAGGGUGGGAUGCAGAAGCAUUGAAGGAAGUGGAGAGUUUGGUGGAUGAUCCGAGAGUCGGUGGGCUGCUGCAUUGGGAUGGGGGACGUGAUGGUAAGGAGAUCUACAGCGAAGUGCUGCCUUGGUCGGAGGAUAGGUAGUGCAUGGCUCUUUGCGCACUCGAAUGCGGUCUCAUGGCGAUCUUGGGCGCUGAGAUGACUGCGUUUGCUCCGAAGUACGGAGCGUAGUUAGCUGGUGCCGGGUUAGAAUGAUAUAGGUAUCAUCACUACGAAGGUGGAAGGGUAUGGGUACCUUGUUGAGAUCUGUUUACCUUCACGGACCCGGAAGGAAUACAAGAUUGGCAGAACUAGGAUCGCUAGGCCAAAGAGAGGAAGCAUCCAGCGAAAAUAUAGCUGCCGAUAACUUUCAUCGGGGCAAACAAUCACUUGAGAAGUCACGCAAGAUUCACAAAGGACACCAU